UUUAUCAAUAGAUUCCCUCGUAUUGUCUCUUUAUCUUCUACUCCAAUCACACAACGUGUUGGAUGUCGUACCUACCCGUUGCAUCCAUAGAUUUACUAGCCCAAAAAGAAAAAGAAUCUAUCUCCUUCCUCUCUCUCACCCCAAAACCCUAGACUUGCAAGAAUGGCAUCAAGAGAUCUCACCACAACCUAUUCGAUACUCCUCUCUAGAAUAACUGUUCGUUCCCUCCGCACCUUAGCUCCUUCCUACUCCAAUUCCGAGUCAGAUAUUCCAACUAACGGAUCGGAUUUGGACUGUCGCUCCAAAGAGCUUCCUCACGCCGAAGGUAAGGAAAACAGAGCAUUCAAUCGAUUUCUGAAAGGGUCAGCAUUCCCCUGCAAGGCGGUGAAAGGCGAGAAAUAUACAAGGUUGGACAGGCCGGGGAUCCGGAAGCAAGGGCUGAAACUGUGGGUUGAAGACAACUCUCUGCAUGCCGAAGAGGUGGAUGAUGAUUCUCUGUCCGCGGAGGAGUACCCGAGGAAUUACUACGGCCACAUCGACCUCCCUCAGAGCCGCUACAAGGUAAGAAAGAUGGCAACGGAGCUCAAGAACAGUGCUUUCAACAUAAAACAAGUUACAAAGCAAAAAAGAAAAGAAAAAAAAGAGCAAAAAGUAAAAGGAAAGAAGAGACAGAGAACUAGAGAAGUACGAGACGUCGAGAUCUGCGAAGCGUCGAAGCUCGGAUUUGCCGGAUCUGCGUCCUUGCCGAGGCAAAUGAUGAUGAGGAACUUUUGUGACAUGCGGCGAUGGUUUACGAGUUGUACUGAUGCAGGUCGUGAAGUAACCACUGUUAUAAAUCAUGGUUUUUAUCCUAAUAGACUUUGUCAUGAAAUUGGCAGAGGUAUUACAGGAAUCAUUUUUCCUACUGAGCGUCCCUUUUACAUCAAGGAAGGAAUGUUUCCGCACCUCGACCAUUUAACUGAUGUUUGUUGGUUCCGACGUCUCUUUUUUGACGAGAAGCAGCACAUAAUGUUAGAAAAUUAUGGGUUGUACAAGAAGGGCAACACUGAUUGGUUUGUAGCUGGGGUUCCCAAGUUCAGAUGUAUCUCGAUAGAAAACUUCAUGUACUGGAUCUACACUAGUCCUAGAAUGUACGAAGAAAGGGUUUAUAAUUAUUUGUUUAAGCAGCAAAUUUAUGUUUUGGAGAGUUGUCCGGAGGCUUUAUCAGAACACGAAGUAAUCAGCUGUUUUUGGAUACCCCCACCCAUUGGUUGGUAUAAGUUAAAUGUUUCUGGGUUUUUUAAGGAAAAUCUUGGUGGGACCAAAGAAGCUGGUUGUGGAGUAGUAAUAAGAGAUCAUUGGGGAACGGUGUUGAAAUUGCUCCAUAAGCCACUUCAUCAUGCGACAUCUAGAGAGGAAGUAUUCUUACUUGGAGUGUAUUAUGGGAUAGAAGAAAUUCUUCAAAGAUCGCAAUCAACAAAAAUAGUAUUGGAGAUCGACCACAAACAAAUUUGCAUUGUCCUAAGUGGACGUGCGCAUUUACCAACGGAAAACAUUGGACUUUAUUAUAAAAUUUUUGAUAUGUUGUCGAGCCUUAACAAAAAACGAGUACUUUUUCAAUAUCCCCAAGGAAACAUUCUAGCUAAAAGAAUUGCGUAUAUAGCUUCCCAUCUGACCAUGGGCCAGAGUUUUCCCAUAGACGAAAGAGGUUAUGAUACACAAGUCUGCUGUGAUCAAUUGGAGUUGACGCGAUAUGAGAUUGUUCCCAGAAUUGAAGAAUUGUCCGAUGAUGAUUUUGAGGGAUCUUCUGAUGAUGGUUUUUAAAUCGGAUUGCCGUCUAGUUCAUUAUACCAGCAACGGGAAGCCCAGGAGGAGUUCUACUCCAAUGUGUUUCAGGAUUUUCCCAUUAAGUUACACAACUUAUUAAAGCAACGGGCCGUCACAAAAUCAGCUUGGCAGGAUCUGAUGAUGUCGUCCAUGUUGGCUUUUCAUGUGUUUUAAUGUUUAAUUACCUGGUUUUUUUUUUUUUGGCCACCGUAUAGUUUUAACCAAUUUAGUUUUAACCUUCUUAGUGUUAUGACACUUGCUCACAUUUUAUCACUUUAAUAUUCAUUUUUUGAAUAGUAGUAAGCUUUUUAUCACCUGUGUUCACAAACAAACAAAAAUGUUGCUGCUACUUUUAGUGUCUUUAUUACAUUGCUACUAGAAUCAGUUCUCUCUAUUGCUUUGGAAAGUAAUUCUCCUUAAGGAAAACUUAAUUUUUUUCUGCA